AAGUUAUGAAUGCUCUGGAGCUCCCAACGUUUAUCUAAUGUAUGUACACAGGAGCUGCAUUAAUUUAUGUAACCUUUAUAAAUAUUUAAUUAAUCUAUUAAUAAUAAUCACUACAAAUCCCGCCUGAACAAUUUGACAAAGCUAACAAACCUUUCCCUCUCCUUUCGAUCUACGCAACGCUUUUCGUGACAGCAGAAAAUAGAUUCACAUACACGCAUACACAUCCUGCGAUUUGAUUUGAUUUGAUUCAAUUGCGAAAAUAUCGCGUUUGAUAGCUCUGGAAUUGCGCAAUGGCGAGAGUUUGCGCUGAACGAGAGAGCUGUAGGCUGUGGAUUUGCUCUGUUAUGAUGAUCGUUCUGUGUGCACAAACCUCGGUGUGUAUUAGAUCUGAGAAAGAGAUUCGAGAGAGAUUUUAUGGUAAUUUGGUGAAUUCGUCUGCACCUGACAGUGGUGACGCUAGUAUAGCUAAAAUGUUCGAUCGUGUUCUUGAAAAAGAAUUUUCCGAGAACGAUCAGCCUGAAGGCAAGGACAAAAGCAGUUUCAACAGCAGCGUUGCCGACAAAGAAGCUGUACUGGAGACUGUCGCCAAAAUUACCCAUGAAAAGGUGAAGAAGAAUGAUACUCAAGAGAAAAAUGGUACUAAAGCAUUCUUUCAAGAUGUUUUUUCUGGGGAAAAGGAAAAUUCUGAUGACAUGGAUACCAUUAUCGACAGCAAGGACAAUACUUUUGUGAUGUCAAAUAAAAAGUCAAAGUAUCCUGUACUUCAAGUUGAUCUAAGGCUGAUUUCAGACUUGGUGGUGGUUAUAGUUUCUGCUGCCAUUGGUGGAAUCAUCUUCUCCUGUUUAGGGCAGCCGGUUAUUGUUGGAUAUCUUUUGGCAGGUUCACUUAUUGGACCUGGUGGUUUGAAGUUCAUCAGCGAAAUGGUACAGGUUGAGACAGUUGCUCAAUUUGGUGUUGUCUUUCUUUUGUUUGCCUUGGGACUGGAGUUCUCAUUGAUAAAGCUAAAGGCCGUGGGUACUGUUGCGGUUCUUGGAGGGUUGCUUCAGAUAGUUAUAUUUAUGUUCUUGUGUGGCAUAACUGCCUUGUUGUGUGGAGCAAAACUAUCAGAAGGUGUGUUUGUUGGGUGCUUCCUUUCAAUGUCAUCAACAGCAGUGGUGCUGAAGUUUCUAGUUGAAAAGAAUAGCAAUAAUGCUAUUCAUGGUCAAGUGACAAUUGGAACUCUUAUCUUUCAGGAUUGUGCCGUUGGUUUACUUUUUGCACUGCUCCCAGUUCUGGGUGGAAACAGUGGCAUUUUGCAGGGAAUUGCUUCGAUGGGGAAAGUGCUGCUGACCUUGUCCAUAUAUCUAUUUGCCGCAUCUGUAUUAACUUGGUCAUUUGUUCCCCGCUUUCUGAAGCUAAUGAUACAGCUAUCAUCUCAGACAAAUGAGCUGUACCAGCUGGCAAUGGUGGCAUUUUGCUUAUUAUCUGCUACGUGCAGUGAUAAGCUGGGGUUAAGUCUUGAAUUGGGUUCAUUUGUGGCUGGAGUAAUGAUAUCGACCACUGAAUUUGCACAACAUACUUUAGAUCAGGUGGAGCCAAUUCGAAACUUAUUUGCUGCUCUCUUCCUUUCUAGUAUUGGAAUGCUCAUACAUGUGCAGUUCUUGUGGACUCAUGUGGAUAUAUUGCUAGCAUCCGUAAUUUUGGUUAUAAUUGUGAAGACUACUGUUGCUGCUAUGAUCACAAAGGCCUUUAGAUAUGGCACCAGGACUUCCUUUCUUGUUGGGGUGAUGCUUGCUCAAAUUGGAGAAUUCGCUUUUGUUCUUUUGAGUCGUGCCUCAAAUCUCGGAAUUAUCGAGGGGAAAAUGUACCUCCUUCUACUUGGAACAACAGCCCUUAGUCUGGUAACAACUCCUGUAGUGUUUAAAUUGGUCCCAGCUAUGGUGCAUUUGGGGGUUCUCAUGCACUGGUUUCCCCCAGAAAGUAGCGGAGAGACUGAGGAAAAAGUUUUAAUAAUUGAAGCACAUAACAGAUUGUUGUGACAAUUGUAUAUCAAAUUAUACAAAUGAUAAUGUUGAUUGAUGAGGUUGUCGGAUUUCACACCUACAGCUCCAUUUUGAAAGCAGACUGCGGAGUAUCAUUUUACUCAAACAGCAACAUCCAGACACAUAUGACAUGACAUACCUCUAAAGCUUGGCUCGGUUCAGAUUGUGUACAGAUCUAUCCAUUGUCCUUGUGAUAGUUGUAAAUAGGCAUCAUCACUCUCACAUACUAUAUUGUGUAGGGAUAGUUUUUGAAAUUAAAAAAUAGUAUCAAAAUUCAAAGCCAAAUGUCAAUAGUAUGUUUUCUUUAUAAAGAGGAUGGCCAUUCAUUGGGAGUGUAUUUUCUAGUUGACAAUGUAUUGUAGAUUUUUAGAAGUUUUGAGAUAUACAGAAUGCAUUUCAGUUUUUUUCGA